AUGUUCUUGCAACUGCUACAAGAGUAUGCCAUUUGUGCCAUGGACAUCACUAAAGUCUCAACGGACGUCCUCAACAGCUCCAUCGACUUGUUACAGUUCUACAACGCACGUGUGCAUCAGUUAAUACUUCAAGCGGGGGCCAUUGAGGUGGUUGGGCUCAAAACCAUCACAGCAAAGCAUCUGGCCUUGACCUCCCAAUGCCUGGCCGUGAUCCAACGGUUCAUACCACUGCUGAGGUCAGCCCUCUCCAAGCAACUGACAGUCAAGCAGCGACUGCUCCUGACCGAGUUUACGCGUGUGGCGAAUGACUACGCCGAACACCAGCACGAGAUUGUGCGCAAAAUUACAGACAUCAUGGAGUCAGUCUAUCACUAUCAUAUGAAG